AUGCCCGACGCUACCCUGGUCACCUGGGCGUUGCCUCAGCUGGAGCGCUUGCUCCCUUUGGACGAGGAGUCUCUCAAGCAGAUCAUCACGUACAGCGAAUCGCAAUCGCCCGAUGCAGCUGCAGACCACCUCAAGAACCUUUUGGGAGACUCACCACAAGCUUUGGAAUUCAUUACCAAUUUCAACUCUCGCCGCAGCCCCGCGCCUUCAGCAAAUAAUGGCCCCUCAGAAGUACCCAAAGCUAAGAGGGGAGGCCAGAAAAAGAAGAAGAACAUCCACCAGCUGCCCGCCCGCCAGGUCGAAAGCUCCGGCAGUGUCGGCGGCGCUUACAUGAAGCGGGAUGAAGAGGACUACAUGUCUGGGAAAUCCAAGCCGCGCAAAGACAACAGGGAAGCCGCCCACAGCGCAUUCAAUCUGCAAGAGAAGCCCGAAGCAAAACAGCAAUCUACUCCCCAAAAUACAUCGACCUCGACAAACCCGCGCGUCAAACCGCCCCCUUCAGCAGCUGGUCCUCUGAUCUCCGACUCCCUAUCUUCCUCCAAGAACGCCUCCCGCAACGCUUCCCGCAAUGCCUCCCGCACCGCCUCGCCCGCCCCCAGUAAAGCGAAAGCCAAGGUCCAAAUCACUGGUGGCACCCCCGGUCAUGGCCAGUCCUCGGUGCUCAACGACCUAGACUCGGCCAUCCGCGCCCUUGAGGUGCAAACGAACCCGUCACUCUCAGCCACGACGCCCGAGGAGAACGCGAAGCGACGGUGCAACUGCAUGGCCACGCGCCACCCGCUGCUGGAGGCCGCGCCCAACUGCCUCAACUGCGGCAAGAUCAUCUGCGUCAAGGAAGGCCUGGGCCCGUGCACCUUCUGCGAGAAGCCAUUGCUGUCACAGGCCGACAUCCAGUCCAUGGUGCGCAUCCUGCGCGAGGAGCGCGGCCGCGAGCGCAUGGAGGCCAACAACGCCGCCCACAAGCGCGCCGAGGUCGCCGCCAGCAAGCCGCGCCACAUGACCGGCGCCGCCUUCCUGUCCUCGCACACCACGACGAGCCCGGCCCUGUCGCCGUCGCCGGCCACGUCGGACUCGGAGACGGAGAAGCUCAAGGCCGCCCAGGCGCACCGCGACAAGCUGCUGUCCUUCCAGGCCAACAACGCCAAACGCACCCGCAUCUUCGACGAGGCCGCCGACUUCGACACGCCCACGUCCGGCACAAACAUGUGGGCGUCGCCGCAGGAGCGCGCGCUGCAGCUCAAGCGCCAGCAGAAGAUCCUGCGCGAGCAGGAGUGGGCCGCCCAGCCAGAAUACGAGAAGAGGCGCGUCGUCGCCUCCAUCGACUUGGCCGGCGGCAAGAUCGUCAGGAAGAUGGCCGCCGUCGAGAGGCCCGAGAGCCCCGUCAGCGAUGCCGAUGUCGAGGAGGUGGGGGAUGAGGGGCCGCUGCAUCAACCUCCGCCCCCGGACAGGACGAGGGGUGGUGGGGCUUUCAGCAAGAAUCCGUUGCUCGGUGCAUUAAUACGGCCGAUCGCUAAGGUGGACGAGGACGAGGGUGGUGAGAAGGGUAAAGGGAGGGAGAGGGAGAAGAAGACGUUGUGGAGGAGAGUGCAGGAUGACAAUGAUGACAAUGAGCAGUGGAUUCUGGAUGGUGGCGCGUACGGUGGUAAGACAGAGGGUAGAGUGUUGGGGGCUGAGGAGCACGCCUUUGCAGCCGACUGGUCUUGA